UGCACGUCACUGUGGUUCCAUGAGGCAGAAUCGGACCAUAAAUCUCCAGCACUUUUUAACAGGCGCAAGAUGCGCCGGGCAAACACAGUUGACUGCGGCGAGCUCGAGGCAAACAGAGGAGACAAAAAUAGCUGGAGAAAGAGACAUUUGUUCUGUUCUUCCCUUCUGUCCAUGAUGCGUGAAUCUGUCUUCAACUGUUGUGUUUCUCCACCCCAUCCCUCUGGAGGAGUGGAGGACCAUCAUCAACACGGCAGCAGAGCUCAGGCUCCGCCCCCUAAUGACAGUCGUUUCCUUAUAUUCUUUGACUUUGAUGAGACCCUGGUGGAUGAGUGCAGCGAUGAUUCUAUGGUUACCGUGUCACCUGGCGGGGUCCUGCCCUGCUGGUUAAAAGACACGUACCGCCCUGGUCGCUAUACAGAGUACAUGCAGCGUGUGCUGGGCUACCUUGCCGAACAGGGUGUCACCCCGGCAGCUAUUCGGGGCACAGUGGAAAAGCUCCCUCCCUGCCCUGGCAUUCCAGCUCUGAUGCGCUUUCUGCUUUCCCAGCCAUCGCAUAACUUUGAAGUCGUUUGUGUGUCUGACGCCAAUAUCAUCUUCAUCGAGACGUGGCUGCAGCACCUGGGUUUCCGCCCACUGUUUCUGCGCAUUUUCACAAACCCAUCACACUUUGAUGAUAAUGGGCAGCUGCAGCUUCGCCCCUUCCACUCCCAUGACUGCCUGCGGUGCCCAGUGAACAUGUGCAAAGCAGUGGUGGUGAGGCAGUAUGUGGCCCAGCGCAUCCGUGAGAGAGGUAGGCAGCCCUACCAGAAGAUUCUAUAUGUGGGCGAUGGGGCAAAUGACUUUUGCCCAUCACUCACUAUGUCACCAGGCGAUAUAGCAUUCCCACGGCGGGACUUCCCAAUGCACAAACUGAUCCAAGAGAUGGCGGAAGCCAAACCUGGAGAGUUCAAGGCCCAUGUGGUGCCCUGGGCCAGUGGAGAGGAUGUCAUCAACACACUCCAGAAGAUGUUGGAGGGGAGGCCCUAAAUAUAUUGCAUAUGACUAAAUUAGGUCCUAAAAAUGCAUACAGCUUUCUUUGUAUAUGUGUGCUUGAUUGCAUUCUUAAAGGGGUAAUAACAUAAGGAAUACAUUUUUCCCUGAUCUUUUAACUUAUAUGAGUUCAUUGUACUUUAAAUAUAUACUGUACAUUUUUGAACUCAAUGUCCUCCUCACUACAGAAAGAGCAUUUGAAACCAAUCUGCCAAAAUGACUCAUUCUCAAUUUCCUCAACAUUGUGAUGUCACACUGUGGUAAACUUUUGCGUCUGACCACCUCCACAACAACACAUCAACUCCUACUUUACCUUAUUACUUCAGUAGCCCCGCCAGUAGCAGUAAUUAGUGAGAUGGCAAGUAGAGAGCAGGUCAGUCAAGAGCCUUGGAUGGUUAAAUGUAUUUGACUAUAUGCAGUUCUUGACAUAACAAUGUUUUAACACUUGAUAGAUUGACAGAAACUCUAAAAUGUCAAUCCAUGAGACUGAAAGCUAUACAGUCUGGCAGGCCUUAUACUCACACACACACUCACACUUAAAUGGACAGACACUAUCCAAUAUGUGCACCAGAACUGGCCAGUAGAGUUUCUCCGUUCAUGCAAUAUGAAAGGAAUAGUUCAACCAAAUAUUAUCUCAUUAUGUACUCAUCCUCAUGCCAUCCCAGAUGUUUGUGACUUUCUUUCUUCUGCAGAACACAAAUGACCACUUUUAGGAGAAUUUUUCAGCUCUGUAGGUCCAUACAAUGCAAGUGAAUGGGUGCCAAACAUUUGAAACUCCAAAAAUCACAUAAUGCCAGCAUAAAAGUAAUCCAUUUGACUCCAGUGGUUAAAUACAUAUUUUCUGAAGCAAUAUGAAAGGUGUGGGUGAGAAACAGGUCAUUUAUUCACGUCAUUUUUGAUAGAAAUUCUUCUUCCUGCCCAGAAGGGAGCGUAUGCAUAAAGAAUAUAAAUCACCAAAAACACAAGAAGAAGAAAGUGAAAGUUAAAGUGGAGGCUGACUGAGCAGGAAGGAGAAUGUAUAGUACAAUUGGACAUAAAUAUUGAUCUGUUUCUCACCCACACCUAUCAAAGUUACACACUUCUGGGAUGGCAUGAGGGUAAGUAAAUGAUGAGAGAUGAGAGUCUUUUUUGGGUGAAAUCCCUUUAAUUAUUAUCCUGCUCAGGAGCAAUUUAUGUCUUGUACUGUUAUUAACACAUAAAUCAUAAUAUCUUGUACUGUUAUUUUUGUAGUUUGAAAGAUGCAAAACUGAGAGGUGUUAUGAUUUGAGAUUAUUUGGUAUACAAUGGUAUGUGUUUAAGUAUUGUAACCUUUUAACUGCCUUUUUUAUUUUAUUUGUAAUCUAUCUUCAUGUUAAUUAAUUCAAAAUGAAUCUUCGUGGAUUGUAUUAGUUUACCCAAAAUGACUUGAACCUAUCCUGUUGUAGCAGGAUCUGCUGAAAGCUUCUUAAAGACUGUACAUGUGAAUCGAAACAUCUUUUAGGGAUCUUUGUAUGUGUUUUGUAUGGUUUUGUGGCUGUGUCUUUGUCAUAUUAUGUAAUAAGAUAUAUUAACCUAAUGAAAUCAUUAGUCACAAGAAUCUGAUGGUUUUUAGAUAUAGGAACCUUACCAGCAAGGAUAUAAAGCCAUGUACUCAAUUUUGUUUCUGAGUAUGUUUUCACCCCUCCCAACAACACCUGUUAUAAUGCUUACAUGCAUAGUUCCUUAGGAAUAGCAAAACUAAGAAUCAAAGUGGAAAACCCCCCAAUAAUGGCAAGAACAGGGAGACAUUUAAUCGUAUAAAGUCUUAUGCAAUGCUUUGUAUUUCUUAUUACAAUUCAUGAAUAUUUAUACUGACAACAUUGUAACUGUGUA